CAUACACUCUGGAUCGCCCCUCCAACCCCGCGAGUCCUCAGGAAGCCCCGACCACAUGAUGUGUCUGUCUGUGCGUAGUCUCGGGAGCGCGCACGCGGUCAGCUGACGAGCAGUAACCCAGUCUGUCACAACAAACCCUCGCGCACCCCCGUGCAGCCCGUGCUGCUGGUAUGUUACCUCGCGCCCGCCAGGUGAUAGAAACUCGGUUUUAACAUCGACAUGGCCGCGGAGAUCCGACCUCGUGCCCAGGCGCGAAAGCCUGUGCUGCUGAGCAAGAUCGAAACGUCGCAGGAGCUCGUGACCACGGCGGUCAUCAUCCCGAAAGAAGACGGAGUGAUCAGCGUCUCCGAUGACAGGACCAUCCGUGUGUGGCUGAAGAGAGACAGUGGGCAGUACUGGCCCAGUGUGUACCACAGCAUGCCUGUGUCCUGUUCCUGUAUGUCCUUUAACCCAGAGACCCGGCGUCUAUCUGUUGGGAUGGACAACGGAGUCGUGUUGGAUUUCAUCGUAUCAGAGGACUACAACAAGAUAACCCCUGCGCACACAUACCAGGCCCAUGGUUCUCGCGUGACGGCGGUCCUCUUCGUUCUGGAGAUGGAAUGGCUUCUGACCGCGGCUCAAGACCGGAGCAUCUGUUGGCACUGCACCGAGAGCGGCCAACUACUGGGCACACACAGAACUGCAGCCUGGGUCACCGGACUCCAGUUUGAUGUGGAGACGCGUCACGUGUUCGUGGGCGAUCAGUCUGGGCAGGUGACCAUCCUCAAGCUGGACCAGAACACCUGCAGCCUCGUCACCACCUUUAAAGGACACACAGGUAGUGUGACUGCUCUGUGUUGGGACGCCAUGCAGAGGGUCCUGUUCUCUGGCAGCUCAGAUCAUUCCAUCAUCAUGUGGGACAUCGGAGGACGCAAGGGCACCGCCAUCGAGAUGCAGGGUCACAAUGAUAGGGUCCAGGGCCUCUGCUAUGCUCCUCACACUCGUCAGCUGAUUUCCUGUGGAUCUGAUGGAGGCAUCGUCAUCUGGGACAUGGAGGUGGAGCGACAAGAGACGCCUGAGUGGUUGGACAGUGACUCAUGUCAGAAGUGUGAGCAGCCGUUCUUCUGGAACUUCAAACAGAUGUGGGACAGCAAGAAGAUUGGCCUUAGACAGCAUCACUGUAGGCGCUGUGGUCAAGCGGUGUGUGGUAAAUGCUCGUCACGGCGAUCCACCAUCCCUCUCAUGGGCUUCGAGUUCCCCGUCAGAGUGUGUGACAGCUGCUGCGACUCCAUCACAGAACAAGAGCGGGCCCCCACGGCUACAUUCCAUGACAGUAAGCACGGGAUCGUCCACAUGCACUAUGAACCCACACGGAGCUGGCUCCUGACAUCAGGCACCGACAGAGUCGUCAAGCUCUGGGACAUGAAUCCUGUAAUCUCCUGAGGAUGCGCUGUGGUAACCGAGGGUUACAGUGGGUUACCGAGGGUUACGGGGACCAUGGACCUCGCUGCAUGAGGCAGCUGUUUCUACGGCAACCGUGGACCUGAUUGGAGGAAAGUGGAUGGGACUGAGACGCAAUCAGCUGGACAAGCAGCUAGCGUGUACACACUCUCUCACACACACACACACACACACACACACACACACACACACACACACAGAUCUGACACCUGCACAAACAGUUAGCUGUGUUAACCCCACACCCCACCUAAAUGCAUACACACACAAAUCUGAGUAGCAGCUAGCGUCUACACACACACACACACACACCUCUC